CCCUUCCCUCAUGUGAUUCCAUCCUCGGAUUUGUCUGAACCAACCAUAUUCCUCCAUCUAAUCAUGCCCCCCACGCCCUUCUAUCAUUUCUCUCAACCACCCAUACACCUUCUUUUCAUCAUUCUCUCACCUCUUCACAACCCGCCUCUCUCUCUCUCUCUCACACACACAUACACACAUGGGUGAUCCUAAAAUUUGCAGGACAUUACAUGAGGACCCAUCUCCAAAGAUCCAAGUCGUUUCGAAGGCGACAUCGGAGAAGCUCUUGGGUAAAUUCUCGGAUCUAUCAGAGUAUGGGUUCGACUAUGAGGAGAGUAGGUUAUGGUCCCCUUUGGUCCCAAGGGGUGCCUUCUUCUUCAACUCCCCCAACCACAUCUCGACCGACCGAGAGAUGUUUGCACGGCUGAAAGCCCAUGAAAAUGCAUCAUCUCCCUCCAAGAAGAAGAAGUACAAGGAACGAUUCCAUGUAUUUUGGUGCCAAUGUGCCAUUAAAUUGUAGUUGGCUUUGCAGAGAAUACAUUGUCUAUCAGUCAUUUCGAAGAGACAGUAGUGCUCCUCUUGAUUUUGAUGUAUAAAGGUUGUACCUCUUGCAAAUGAUGGUGAUUGAGUUGUAAGGAGUGAUGUCCAAUUUUGGAUUAAUUUUUGGGUUCCCAUUUGAU